CUGUCUUUUUCAUAACUUUCAUUACGAGUAACUAUCAUUACUUGAUAUUUUAGAACUAUGUGAUUUUAUAUCCAUAUUUUCUAAAAUGAUAUUAUCAAUUAAUCUUUUAAUAGUCAUAUCUGCUUUAUUAAUAAGUGGUUUGAUAAUUAAGUUACUCUUUUAUCGUGGUUGCGUAAAAAGCAUAGAAAAUAAGCAUGUUGUUAUAACUGGUGGUUCCAGUGGAAUUGGAAAAUCUGUAGCAAUUAUUGCUGCCAGAAAGGGAGCACAUGUAACUAUCAUAGCUCGUGAUGUAGAAAAACUAGAAAAGGCUAAAUAUGAAAUAAUGCAAGCUUGUAAGAAUAGAGACACCCAACGAGUUGAAUAUUUACCUCUUGAUAUAACUAAGGAUUAUGAAGAAAUACAAAAAGCAUUUAUGGAACUGGAAAAGACUAUGGGUUCUAUAUAUAUGCUAAUAAAUUGUGCUGGUUCUUCUAUGUGUGCUAAAAUUGAAGAUACAUCCACUUCUGAUCUACGUAAAAUAAUGGACUUGAAUUUUUUCGGUACAUAUAAUUGCAUCAAAGCUGUCGUACAAAGUAUGAAAACUGCUAAAGAUGGAAUUAUUGUAUUAACGGGCUCUGCAGCUUCUCUUCUAGGUGUCUAUGGUUUUUCUGCUUAUUGUAGCUCCAAGUUUGCGCUGCGUGGAUUGGCUGAGACUUUAUCUAUGGAACUUACUCCAUAUAAUAUAUCUGUGACCCUCAGUCUACCUCCUGAUACCGAUACACCUGGUUUUGCUGAAGAAGAACUAACAAAGUUACCCGAAACAAAAUUGAUAUCUCAAUCGUCAGGUUUAGUUAAACCCGAAGUAGUUGCAGAUAUUUUACUUAAAGAUGCCUUGAAUGGCAAAUAUUUUUCAACUGUUGGUUUAGAAGGAUUCUUAUUGAGUAUAGUAUGUUGUGGAAUGUCUCCUUUCACAAUUUCGGAAAUAUUAAUACAAAUGAUAACAAUGGGUUUCAUAAGAUUCAUUAGCGUAUUUUAUAUUAUCUCAUUCCAAAGAAUUAUUUUAAAAUGUAUGAAAACUCGUGAUAUGAAUAAAAAGUCUGAAUGAAGAGUGCUGUGGUACCAGUGCUGCCAUCUUGACAAGAAGAAGGAUUUGCGGCUUAGCAGCAAUAAAAUUAAAUUCUAUUUAAAUUUCGUUAAAAAGACUGUAUGUGUAUUAACAUUCCAAACAAUUUCAAAUGUAAUUUGUCGCUAUGUCAAAAUUGGAGCAAUAAAUAUACAUUUGAUUACGAUAACGAUUUAUUACGCGUACACGCUGAUAAUGAGUCAAAAUCAUAGUUUCAGAAUUAUAUAAGUUGUAAAUAUUCUUAGAAAAAAAAAAAAGUUGUAAAGGUAAUUUAAAGAAUUUGAUAAAAAAUCAUAAAUAAAUAAAUUUUCUCAACGGUUUGGCUUACUUUUAUUUAGUAUCCCGUAAGUUCAUAGUAUAAUGUUCUUCAUUAAGCUUUAUGGUUCUUACACACAUAGAACAGGGCAGUUCUUUUUUCCCUUUUUACCACGAAUAAUCGAAAACUUAAACGUUUAAACUGGUAUGUAUAGUGUACCUCAACGUGGAGUUUGCUCCAAGGGCACCUUGUUUCAUUUCUUCAACCGAACUAACUGUCCUUCGUUGAUACCCAGAUUAUUUUUAUAGUUAUAUAGAUUAAAGUUAAAAAAAAAAAAAAA